AUGGGGAGACGGAGUCUGACGCCGUCGAAGAGAGCCAGCGAUGAUGAUGUGGUGCCACCGCCCUUCAAAGUCCACCGAGCAGGCCCCAAUUUGCCUUUGGUUCCCCAGGAUGCUGCUGGGCACAAGGUCAUGCCAUCAUUACUCGAGCACAGCACCAGCGCCAGCGCCAGCGCCAGCACCACCGGCAGCCAUGGACGAUGGAUCAUGCUCGAGACUACACGCAGGCAGCAGUGCCGAGCUCCCGUCAGUGGCACAGACCUGUCCAUGGUUCGUGUCCGCAUGCUUGAUUGGCUACCAGAGCUGUGGGAAAGGGAAGGCUUGUUGCCACGCAUCGACGACUUGAUGCUGAGGAUCCGUGGCACGCAAGGGCGGCAGGCCCUGCGGUAUUGGCAGCAAUAA